AUGGUUCCGCUAUCUCGGCCUGAUGAUCCUCGGAUCGGUGGAACUUCGGAACUGGCGGGAAAAGAUAACUCCGUACUGCUUACGUAUGGGGGCGCCUAUACGAAGAUAUCUUCUCCCGCGCAUUCCGACGAGACCCUAGCUGACGAAGCCGGGAAAAAUUAA